UGCAUAAAUAUAAACAUUGUAUAUGAAUAAUGAGACAUUUGUUUUUGUCUCUCAAUAGAAAGAAGAAGAAAAAAACUCACUCUAACGAAUUACUUUACAAUAGAAACAAACCCCAUAAUUAAGAGUAGUAUUUGGGGAUAAACCGUGUAAAGUUUUUAUCAUAUUGAAAGUUAGUAACAUCAAAGAGAACUAAGAACAAACUUAACUGAUUUCUUGGGUUUCAUUUCAUGGCGUCUCUAGUUACACGCCUUGCCUUCCCUCCCAUUAUCACCAAAAAUCUAACACAGCCGACGAAGCACAUGAACAUUGAUCACAAGAACACCGACUUUAACCAAUCCAUCUGCCAAAUGAAUAAGGGGGAUAAAAAACAGAACAACCAAAAUGAAACACAACAAAAUCAGCAAAGCCACCGGUGACCGGGCGGCAGGCCGGAGCUACCAAACUGCAGCAAACCCAAAAAUUAACCCCCUCAAACUAAAAACCCAACACCACCAUUCCCCAAUUCAACAUUCCCACUUCUCUAAAAUCUUUCAUCUCACCACAUCGGAGAAACACAAUCCCUGCAGAAGCAAAACAUAUCCAUUCUUCUUCACCAAUUCCCUCCUCAAUUUUAGACGAUGACGAUGAUGGCCGCGAAAAGAUCCCUCCGCCUCGCCCGAGCCGCCAUCUCUUCCGCUAAGCUGAACCCACGGUCAAGAACUGUCAGCUCGGAAAGCGGCGGCAGCUCAUCAUCAAUCAUCGAUUGGAAGGCCUCCCUGAGAGAACAACUCCGAAACUCCAGCUCGGAACAGAGCAGCUCUGUCUCCAUCUACAGAGUCCCCGUCACAAUGCGCCAGGUGGAGCCCUCCGCCUACACGCCGAACCUCGUCUCCAUCGGCCCUUACCACCGCGGCGCAACCCACUUGAUGGAAACGGGAGACCAGCUCAAAUGGCGCUUCGUCAGCCGCCUCUUUCGCUCGAACCGGGUUGAGCUGGACCCGAUAUUCGACGCCCUGGAGAGCAUGGAGGACAAGGUGAGGAGCUGCUACGCCGACGAUGUCAAAAUCGACGGAGAAUUCGUGCGAACGAUGCUAUUGGACGGUUGCUUUGUGAUCGAAUUGCUGAGGGAAUUGGAGAAGUACGGGUUCAGAAACGGCUCCCCGAUGAUACAGAAAUGGAUGCUGCCGAAUCUCCGCCGGGAUUUGAUCAUGCUUGAGAAUCAACUCCCCCUCCCAGUCCUCCAGAUGCUUUUCCGGUUAACGGAAGGCGCAAAGGGAUCGGAGGAUUCUUACAAGGAUUCGUUGCUGAAGCUGGCGCUUCGUUUCUUCAGUCCUCUGUUGCAGAGGGAAUCCCCUGAAGUUUCCCCCAAACUUCAGGGGGAAAAGGUCCAAGAAACCCAUCAUCAUUUCCUUGAUUUCUUCCGCUCCAGGAUCCUUCCAAGAGAAGCCAUAGAAGCAGAAGCUUUACACGCUCCCCUGCCCCGCCGGAUACCGGAACCUCAUCCUCACUGCCACGAGGAACCCAACAUGAUACGAUCAGUGAAGGAGCUGGCAAAGGCAAGGAUGUUCGUGGGGAAAAGGAAGAACAAUAGGCCGUUGGACGUGCAAUCGGAUGGCAACCGGCUCGUGAUACCACCCAUUUACCUGGAGGACGGCAGGGGAACUCUGUUCAGGAACAUGGUGGCCUUCGAGCAGUGCCACGGAGGGUGCAAGCCCCAAGUGACCGCCUACGUGUUCUUUCUCAAUGGUCUCAUCAACUGUGAAGAGGAUGUGGCUUUGUUAACGAGGAAAGGGAUCAUCCAUCACACUCUGGGUAGCAAUCGGGAGGCGGCUGACUUGGUCAACGCCCUGACCAAGGAGGUCGUGGGCGGGGACACUAGGGAGUCGUACCUUCAGCGUGUGCUUGUGGUUGCCAAUUCGUACAUGUCCACCACUUACGCCGUCAUGGGAGCCCCGCUGGUUGAUAAGUACUUUGGGAAUUGGGUCAUGGCUUUGUCGACCCUAGGGUUUUGUAUCUAUGAAGCUCCUAGUUUCAUGGCUCGGGUCCGAGAUCUGACCGAGACUUUCGAUGAUGACAAUGAGUAGUUGAGUAGUGGUUUGUUCUUCAUCUUAUCGCCUCUAUAUUGAUGGUUUGGUGGGGGAUACGGGUUUCACUAAACCCCUGCACAUUUUCUUCUUGAUAAUAAAGGGUCAUAUUCAAC